UUGUACGCAUCUCGCAAAGUAAAAGUCACUAUUUUGGCUUCUGAAUGGGGACUUUCCACCAUAAACAGAGAGUUAGCCAUUCAGUUGGCCAAAUGCCCUGAAGUGGAAAUCACUUUCUUUGUACCACAGUGCAGUGAAGAGGACAGGAAAGUAGCCCUGAAGCAUAACGUAAAGAUCGUUAAGGCAACACCACUGCUUGGCUUUGAGCAACUGGACUGGCUUUGUUUUCCGCCUGAAGAUUUGCAAAUCGACAUUAUCGUAGGUCAUGGAGUUAAACUCGGUAAACAGGCACAAAUCAUUCAAAGACGUAAAAGGUGCAAAUGGGUUCAAGUGGUGCACACAGAUCCAGAGGAUCUUGGAAUGUUCAAAAACUAUUCAGAUCCAAUUUCAAAAGGCGAGAUAAAGCACACGACCGAAGUAAAGCUGUGUGAAAUGGCGGAUCAUGUUGUUGGGGUUGGUUGGAAGUUGAGUGAGGCCUUUCGCUCCUAUCUCCGCAGCUUCAAAAAAGAUGACAAUGUUGUUGACUUCACUCCGGGAGUAUUUGAAGAAUUUGCGGCUGUGAAGCAGGUUCCUAGCGAAAGGCAACAGCGCACUGUGUUGGCGUUUGGUCGUGGGUACGCAGAGGAUUUCGAACUAAAGGGAUUUGACAUCGCUGGAAAAGCGGUCGCUGCAUUACAAGAUACUCGUCUUCUGUUUGUUGGUGCUCGAGAUGGAAAACACGAAGAAAUAGCAGAACGGUUGACCGAAUGUGGUGUCCCUCCACUUCGCUUGAGAGUAUUAAGAGGAUUUGUUAAAGAUCGAGAGAGUCUAAGCCGCUUGUUUCAAGAAGUGGAUCUUGUUGUCAUGCCUUCAAGAACAGAGGGCUUUGGGUUGACAGGUCUUGAGGCUCUUUCAGCUGGUGUCCCUGUGCUUGUCAGUGGCAAUUCGGGUUUUGGAGAAGCACUGUGCAGUGUACCAUUUGGUUCGUCCUUUGUAGUAAACUCAGAGGAUCCUAAUGUUUGGACCGCAGAGAUCACGAAAAUGUGGGCAAAGGAUAGAGAAAGUCUACUUGAGGAAGCGGAAACCUUACGUCAUUCUUAUGAGAAAAAAUACAACUGGGCGAGGCAGAUGAAAGAUCUUGUUGCAAAAAUGAUC